AUGGAUCCGAACAAGCUUAAAUUUGAUUCAGUACGAAUCCGAACCCACUGCCCUGGUGACAUGGGCAUGGUUAUUCACCGUCAUGGCAUUCUCUAUGCUGCAGAUUAUGGUUGUGAUGAGCAUUUCGAGGCCUUGGUUGCUCGUGUCACAGCAGAUUUUAUCGAUUAUUACGACGAAAUCAAGGAUCGUUGUUGGAUCGCAGAAGUGAAAGAUACCAAUGAAUUUCUUGGGUCAAUUAUGUUGGUCAAAGAUAGAAGCCAAACUUCGACUAGGACCGCUAAACUUCGUUUGCUUCUUGUCGAAGAACGGGCCCGAGGAAUGGGAUUGGGUACCAAGCUUGUGAAACAAAGUGUGGAAUUUGCUAAGAAAUCUGGAUAUGACCGAAUUGAGCUUUGGACACAAAGUGUACUUAUUGGCGCACGCCGGUUAUACGAGGCUGAAGGCUUCCAGCUGGCGAGCACCAGGGAUAAGCAUGAGAGCUGGAAGGGGCCCGGUACUGCUGAAAUAUGGGAAUUAAAAUUGAAUUGA